AUGCACGCCUCAAGGGUCUUACUGCUGCGCACGCCCGUCUACAGGAACACGGGCUCGGUAGCGCGCGACCACCUUGCCUCGGAGCGUACGUUCCUCGCCUGGCUGCGCACCGGCCUCGGCUUCAUCGCGCUCGGCAUCGCUAUCGAGCGCUUCUCGCAGCUCGACCUGACCGAGCUGCUCACCGCAGCAACAGCAUCAAAGGCUCCUACGUCCGGCCGCGAACCGAGGGAUGGUGGACGAGGUAAUUCGUUCCGAGAGUCGUCGAGCGUGCUGGUGGGCGCGCUGCUGGGCACGGGGACGGGCUGCAUUGGCUAUGGCACGACCAGAUAUUUCGAAAAUAUGAGGCUGCUGGAGAAGGGCUUUUUCAAGCCGGCAUACUACGGGGCCGGGGCGCUGGGGGUGGCGGUUGCGGGGUUAGCGGGAGCAGUCUACUGGAGUGCGGUAAGAGACAAGAAUGGGAGAGGCGAAGGGGAGAAGAGGUGA